CGAGGUCUCCCUUAGUCUCCCUAGUCCCACAACGUUUGCAUGGGGAUAACGUGGCGGUCGGGCCUGAGUUCCAGGUUUUCUCAUAUUUAUGUAUUUGAACAGAAGGAAGGGCGUCUUCCGUCGAGAGAUGGUAGUGAUCGGAUUGGAAAGUCAUUGCAUUCCGCAUAUACAUCGACGACAGAACGUUGCGGAUUUAUGAUAACGGUUUUCUUAUGAGGAAUUCCGUGUAGAGUAUUAUAAAGUGGUUAUAUAUAGUCAUGCUCGGUAUAGAAGGGCGACUUGUAUUUACGUCAGUGUGAGGAAUCCGAGCGAAAAAGUGUGUGUGACGAACUCUGGGACAUACCUACGCCAGUAAGAAAACGGGUGAAUACCAUUAGUGUGGUGAUUUACAAAGAACUGCCAUUAUCCACUUUCAGAACAUUCUUGCAUCAUCUAGGCUUAAAACGUAAACAUGCCAGCACAGGUAGCAGCAGCCGAAGAGUUUGACGAAAAUUCGGAUGCCCUUUUCAGACCAUCAAGAGACUCGCCUGUUGUCAGUACCUCGGAAAACAGAUCAAGAUAUGGAAGAAGGUGCCAGAGUUCAUCGCCAAAAGCUCCCAAGAAAUGAAGUCUUCGUCUAUCAGAGUGUUACAACGCCGGAGGAAAAUCACCUUCGUAAGGAUGCAUGCCCAGCCCGUACCUGAGAGAUGGCGAAAUUUCUCAGAUGAUACCUGAGGGACAGCCUGAAGUUCUUGAAACUGCAUCUGAAAGAAGAGCUAGACGUCAUUCCCACUGGAUCAUCUAUAUUACUGCAUUUGUCAUGUCCAUCGGAUUUUCUAUAGUGUUAACUGGAGUAUGGCCAUACCUGCAGCGGUUAGAUGCAGGAGUGUCCAAAGAGUUUUUAGGUUGGGCCAUUGCUGCCAAUCCACUUGGGCAGAUGGUUGCGUCGCCACUCUUGGGACUAUGGGGAAAUAAAGCAGGAUCCAAUAGAGGUGCAUUUCUUACAACGAUUCUGCUCUUCAUCGUUGGGAACAUCCUCUACGCCAUCCUUAGCCUGUUUGGUACAGCAGCCAGAGGCGUCAUGAUUUUCUCACGAUUUCUUGUAGGGAUUAGUUCAGCUAAUAUUGCUAUCAUCAGAUCAUACAUAGCUUCAUCUACAACUUUAAAGGAAAGAACUACAGCUGUUGCACUAACUUCUGCUGCACAAGGACUCGGUUUUAUUAUUGGCCCAGCUAUUCAGGCAGCAUUAGCAGUGGCUUUCUCACAUGAGAAAACAAGUGAGAAUAAGACAUCCUCGGUGCCCGAGAUCCUGGAAGAUGAGGCGGAAGAUGCCGGCCUUGGAAUUGAGUGGAAUAUGUAUACAGCUACUGGUUGGGUUGCAACCUUCCUAGGGGCAUUGAACUUCUUUCUUUUUAUGCCCUGCAUCUUCAAAGAAUACCCAAUAGCAGCCAAAGAAGCUCAGCUCAAAAGAGAUGCUGCCAAGGAAGAUAAAAAAUUACCAAAGCCUGAUUACCUUGCACUGGUUGGUGUACUGGUUUCUUUCUUCAUUAUCCUUUUCAUAUAUGUCUUGAUAGAAACAUUGCUUGUUCCCAUGUGCAUUGACCUGUAUGCCUGGACUGAUGAACAAGCUAUAACAGUUGUAGGAGUUGGUUUAAGUAUAGCUGGAGCUGUGUCAGUCAUAAUGUUUACCUUGACAAGUGUCUUAACUAGGAAAUUUGAUGAGCGUAAAGUUUUUAUUUUUGUUGGAUUAGUUCCAUUAACAAUAGCCAUGUUGAUUCAUUUCCCAAUGGGAAAUACUUAUCCAAAAAUGCAGAAUUGUACUUCACAUGAUAGUGCAAGUGAGUUAGGAAGCUUAACUACAGUAUUACCAAACAUGAAUUUUACUGAACCAAAUAGUUCAUUAUCUCGACAAAGGCGUCAUUCUGCAAGAGAUGACACUUGCACUGAUCUUGGCUGCCCUCAAAAGCAGGAAUGGUGCCUUUACACACCAAUUGUAGAAAUGCCUCAGAUGGUUGUGGCAGAUACAGUUGCAGUUAUAGGGUAUCCAGUUGCAUUUACUCUCUCUAGUUCCUUCUUCUCAAAAUUAUUAGGGCCAAAGCCACAAGGUGUGUGGAUGGGUAUCCUAACAAGCACUGGAAGUUUUAGUCGAGUCACCGGUCCAAUUUUUGUGUCUUACAUGUACACUGCUUUAGGCACUAGGUGGACAUUUGGUAUCCUUUUUGUAGUAAUGUCUCUUACUCUUGUUAUCAUUUCUUUGUUGUUCAGAAGACUUGUUCCUAUGAAGUUGGUUGCAACUUAAAUUGUUGGAAGUUCUCAUUGCCAUCAUAAUUACAUUGUAGAUUCACUGCUUAUUGUUUAUUAACUGGUUUGUUUUUGGUUGAUGUCAAGUAAACCUACUACAUUGUUGAUUUUACAAAGUUGGUGGAGGUUAUUCUUUCAUUAUCA